AUGGACAACCUCGAUAUGAUUAUCAUUGGUGCAGGCGUAUACGGAAUACAAGCUGCAAGAACGUACCUAGAAUUUCACCCUUCCCACAACAUCGCAAUACUUGAAGCAGAUUCUUGCCCUGGCGGAGUAUGGAGCGCAAAUCGAAUGUACGAUGCGUUCUGGACGCAGUCUCCACUCGAAAUGUGGGAGUAUUCUGAUCAGCCGCUGAAGGAUGUCGAGUUGAAAGACACCCAUCACAUGUAUUUCCAGGCCAGACACUUUACCGUCUACUUGGAUGGCUAUCUCAAGAGCCAUGUGUAUGGCGGGAAGACCCUAACAGAUCGGAUUGUGUUGAAUACAAAAGUCGAGAGGUUGUGGAAAGAGAACGGCGUGUGGCAUGCCCAAACUAGUUCGGGGAAAUCAUACAUCGCUCCCAAGGUCAUUGAUGCCUCCGGCCUAACCUCCAUUCCCAACAUCCCCCAAAUCCCCGGCGCUAAUACUUUUAAGGGGAAGAUGAUCCACCACAAGGACUUUGGACGGUCCGACAUCUGGACCUGCAAAACUUGCGUCGUGGUUGGGGGGGCAAAGUCCGCUGCAGAUGUUGCCUACGCCUAUGCCAAAGCCGGCCUAGAAGUCCAUUGGGUCAUUCGAAAGAGUGGAAACGGUCCCGCGGCUUACUUUCCCGCCGAUUCACCAGUUAGCUACUACCAGAAUUCUAACGAAGCUUUCCACCACCGAAUGAUGGCAUCAAUGUCUGCUUCCAUCUUCACGCCCGAGUCGUGGUGGACUCGCUUUCUCCAGCAGACAGCAAUCGGCAGAGCAUGUGUGAAGUUUGUGUGGGGCUACCUUCAGAGAGAGCUAUACUCCCGGGCAAAAUACGAUCGCAAAGACGGCCAAGAGAAUGGUUUUAUGAAUCUCAAACCAGACACUGGACUGUUUUGGCAGAACGAUAGUAGUGGCGUGAACCAGCGAGCAGAUUUCUUCGACACCAUCGCUAAAAAAGUCAAAGUUUACCGCCAGGAUAUUGAAUGCAUCGACAUACACAAUGUCCAUCUAGCCAAUGGGACAACUAUUGAUGCAGACGCCAUCGUAUUCGCGACUGGCUGGAAAGACUCACCACUUUAUAUCGAUCCUCACACAGCCUACUACCUAGGUCUCGCUACCCCUAAAUCCGCCGAAGACCUCAAGGAAGCCUCAAAAUGGGCCACUCUCGAGACCUCCGCUGACGCCGAGAUCCUCAAACGCUACCCCAUCCUCUCCAACCCACCUCCAUGCCACAAACGCUCCUUCACGGAAACCCCUUUCCGCUUGUACAAAUCCAUUCUCCCAAUCCAUGACCGCAGCAUCGUCUUCCUCGGCCGCAUGGUCCUCGCAAACCACACCUACAACGCCGAAGUGCAAUCACUCUUCGCCAUAGCCGCUCUCGACAACACUCUCAACCUUCCUUCUGAAGCGGAUAUGGAGGAGGAGGUUGCCUCGGUUCGGGCAUGGCAGAAGCGAAGGUAUCCUGCGAGAGGAGAAGCUGGAAAUUGGUUUUGGUAUGAUAUUGUGCCAUAUACGGAUGCAGUGCUUAAGCAGCUGGGACUUGAAAGUCAUCGGAUGAAGGGAGUGAGUGAUUUUUUUAGACCGGCAGUUGCGAAGAAUUUGGAAGGGUUGGUGGAGGAGUAUAGGAAGAAGACGGGAGGGAGUGAGGACAGGAAGACAAGAUAG